CGAGCGUCAGUUAACAUCGUCGUCGUCGUCGUCAUAGUUUUCGAGGCAUCCAGCUCCAAGUCAAGCCAAGUUUAAGAGCAUUAAGAAAUGGUGCAUCAUCAUUGUCGGCCUAUGCUGCUGUUGCUCUUGGGCGUGUUCAGCUCUUGGCCAGCUCCGAUCCUUGGCAGCGAUCAACCUGCGCGCAUUGUCUGCUAUUUCAGCAACUGGGCAGUUUAUCGUCCUGGCAUUGGUAGAUAUGGUCUGGAGGAUGUGCCUGCUGAUCUGUGUACGCAUCUCGUUUACUCCUUCAUUGGUGUCGACGAUAAGAGCUGGGAUGUCCUCGUCAUUGAUCCAGAGCUGGAUGUUGAGCAGGAUGGCUUCCGCAAAUUUACACAGCUGCGUCAAACUCAUCCCAAUCUCAAGCUACAAAUUGCCGUUGGCGGCUGGGCGGAAGGCGGUUCCAAGUACUCGAAAAUGUCGGCUGUCCGGGAGCAUCGCCAGAGUUUCAUACGCAGCAUUGUUCAGUUUAUGAAGAAAUACGAAUUUGAUGGCUUCGAUCUCGACUGGGAAUACCCGGGCGCUACGGAUCGCGGCGGCACCUUUGGCGACAAGGAUAAGUUCCUGUAUUUUGUACAGGAACUAAGACGCGCUUUCGAUCGAGAAGGACGUGGCUGGGAGAUAACCAUGGCAGUGCCAGUAGCCAAGUUCAGACUCCAAGAGGGCUACCAUGUGCCCGAGCUAUGCGAACUGCUGGAUGCAAUCCACGCGAUGACCUAUGACCUGCGCGGAAACUGGGCUGGAUUCGCGGACGUGCACAGUCCGCUCUAUAAGCGCAAGCAUGAUCAGUAUGCCUACGAGCGACUCAACGUGAACGAUGGAUUGGCGCUAUGGGAAGAGAUGGGUUGUCCGGCAAACAAGCUGGUGGUUGGCAUACCGUUCUAUGGACGCACCUAUACGCUCAGCAAUUCCAACAAGAACUACAACAUGGGCACCUACGUCAACAAGGAGGCGGGAGGCGGGGCACCGGGACCCUAUACGAAUGCCAGCGGCUUUUUGGCCUACUAUGAGAUAUGCACGGAGGUAAUGGACAAGUCCAAGGGCUGGACUGUGGAGUGGGAUGACGCGGGAAUGGUGCCCUACACCUACAAGGAUACCCAGUGGGUGGGCUAUGAGAACGAGGCGUCGGUGCAAAUCAAAAUGGACUUCAUCAAGGCCAAGGGCUAUGCUGGUGCAAUGACAUGGGCCAUUGACAUGGAUGACUUUCAUGGCCUGUGUGGACCCAAGAAUGGACUAAUGCACAUACUCUACAACAACAUGAGGAACUACCAGGUGCCGGAGCCGACACGUGAGACCACGCCGCGGCCCGACUGGGCAAAGCCCCCGGCAACGCCACCCAAUCCCGAUGAGGGCGACAUCGUGCCGACGACGACGCGACCGAAGCCGAAGCCAAAACCAACGUCAGCACCUGUGCCAGCUGUGAUCAGCACCACCAAGAAAUCUACAACAAAGAGACCAAAGAAGCCGAAGAAGACGACAACAACGACAGCGACAACAACAACAACAACAACAGUCGCACCUAAAGUUACCGACGAGCCCGAGGAAAUUUUAGAUCCCGAAGAGACGGUCACGCCUGGAGAUGGAUUCGAUUCCAGCGAGAUUGACUGCACCAAUCGUGACUAUGUGCCGCAUCCAAACUGUCGAAAGUACUUCCGCUGCGUACAUGGAAAACCCGUGGAAUUUGAGUGCAAAGAGGGCACAGCCUUCCACACAGUGCUGAAUGUCUGCGAUUGGAUUGAGAAUAGCGAUCGUUACUAUUGCACUCGAAUGAAGAACAAAGAGCAUGGCAAUGAAGCCCAUUAGAAAAAACUGUGGAAACCACAUACAUAUUUAAUAUUUAAUACACAUAUUAGUUAAGGAAUCUAUUUUAGCAUAGUCUUAGCUUUCAAGUAGUUUUAUUUAUCAACGCCGACGUAUCAUAAAGAAAAUGAUAUUAGUUUGCCAGACGAAAGCAAUAAAAAACUGAAAUAACAUUAA